UAUGAUGGCUGCUGUAUGUGCAUACAGUACAUGGGCACUAGUAAUGUGGUUCUGUGGUAUAUUUCCUAUACCCGAUAACAUGACUGCGAUGCUGUGUCUCUGUAUCAUCCUGUGUUUUCCCUCAUAGAUACACCACACUGUGAUAUACUGCCUGACAUACACGGAUCCGGGAUGAAUUCCUAUGUGUUAUUGUUGCUAUAUAUUGGCUAAUCUGUGUGCUUCUCUCCAGUCAUCAAAAUCGUACAAGAACACUUAUGAACAAUGGCUUUCCACACAAGGACUGAGCAUCUCGCCAUUUCACAUCCGCUGGCAAACCACAAUUUUCAACCGGUUCUUUUAUAAAUGGGGACGAUGGAAGCCAACUUUCUUGUACAUAUGGUUCAGCUUGGGUAUGAUGUUUGGAAUCCUUGCCAUGUUUGGAUCAAUGAUUCUUCUGGGGAAGACAUUAAUGCAGACUUUAAGUCAAAUGAUGGCUGAGAGUCCAGGAACACAGAAUGACCGCAUGCUGCAAGUGGUGGUGCCUGGUGUAAACCUGCCUAUCAGCCAGCUGACAUACUUCUUCUCAGCAAUCUUCAUCAGUGGUGUCAUUCAUGAGGUCGGGCACGGAGUGGCAGCCGUGAGGGAAACGGUGCGUUUCAAUGGCUUUGGGAUGUUCAUGUUUGUGGUGUACCCCGGAGCAUUUGUUGAUCUUUUCACCACUCACCUCCAGCUGGUUUCUCCUAUUCAACAACUGCGGAUAUUUUGUGCAGGUGUCUGGCACAAUUUUAUCCUCGGUCUCCUGGGCCUCUUGAUACUGUUUCCGCUACCUGCACUACUCUAUCCGUUUUAUUACACAGGUGUUGGUGCCCUAGUUACUGAAGUUUUAGAGGAUUCUCCAGCAAGUGGACCAAGAGGUUUGUCUGUUCGGGACAUUGUAACCCAAGUACAGGACUGCCCCAUCAGUAAUGUGGAUGACUGGCAUACAUGUCUAACUGACAUCUCAGUUAAGCCUCAGAUUGGUUACUGCAUGAGCGCUGCAUCUCUCCAGCAACUACAUUUCCCUAGCAGAGUGUACAGACGGCUGGAUGGUUCUAUAGAAUGUUGUAGUAACAACAGUCUCUCUGAUGUAUGCUUUGCGUAUCAUGGAAAUGGGAAAAGUCCGCAGUAUGUGUGUCUCCCAGCAAGGAAGGCAAUCCAAACAAGCCUAGAAUGUAAAUCUAAUACAGACUGUCAGAAGUCAGCUGCUAACGGUGUCUGUGCUGUCCCAUCAAUAGAGAACCAGAGUCGCCUGAUCCGAGUAAAGCAUCCGCCUCAAGUAGAUAUGUUGUUUAUAGGCUAUCCUGUACAUCUAGAAUAUGGAGUGAACCUGAGCAGUUUUAUUCCACGAUACAAGUUUUUCAGCAUAGACCUUCCAGUGGUAAUAGAGACCUUCUGCAAAUAUGUGAUUUCUCUCUCCGGAGCCCUAGCAGUGAUCAAUGCUGUCCCUUGCUUUGCUCUGGAUGGCCAGUGGAUACUAAGCUCUUUCCUUGAAGCCACAUUGAGUUCUCUUAUAGUAGAGAAGGAGAACAGAGAGCUUUUGGGGUUUUUCAUCCUCCUAGCAGGCACCACUCUGUUAACCUCUAAUGUGGCAUUGGGACUUUGGAUGGUGACAGCCCGGUAGCCGCGCCUCAAUUUCUGUUUCUGGCCUUUUAGAAACUGUCAGCGAUGGAUAAUCAUACUCCGUUUAAAGAGAUCUUAUUACAUAAAUUAUGCACUAUUCCUGAUGCGUUUUUUUAAUUAAAAUAAAUAUGAUUCCUCAGUGGUUACAGUUGGAUAAAUGAGAAAUAUUUUUUCUCUGCUGGACGAUGAGCAUUUAAGGAUAACAGUGAGUGAUAGAAGAAUACUGUACAUAAUUACACAGGACCUGCUGGUUUUAAAAUGGAAACAAACAAAAGGAACACAGUACUGUAAUUUUCAUUUAACAUAAAAUGAAAAUGAAUGCCUGUGGAGGACAUUGAACACUGAAAAGUGUGGUCUACUUACUCUUCCAUUGAUCAUCAUCCAUUGAUCAUCAACAAGUUUUAAUUGCUGAAAAACAGUUACUUGUUCUGCUGAUGGAGAGUUUAAUGAAAAUGUUGUAAUUUCCUGUGUAUCUUGCUAACAAAUGCAUUUUAAGCACCAAUAUAUUUAUUUGAAAAGGUAAAAAGAAGGGAGAUAAAAGCUCACAUAAAUUUCAUUGGUCAGUGCACACAGCUUCAUUUCCCAAACCAUAGUAUGGAUGAAAAAACAGAGCAUGUUCUGCUCCCCCUUAUUCCUUUCUAUCAUACAUCUUACUAAGGGCGUGAGUCAAAGAUUUUGGUUCAGGCAUCGCAGGGGCUGCGCUAAAACAUGCAAAGAAGAUGGAGCAUCGGAUCUUCUGCAUGAACAUUGGACAUCUGAGUAAACCUCGGGGUUCUCAAGAUGUCUGACAGAAUCACGUUGCUGGGACCAGUAAAGCUGGGUCCGAAGUGCAGCCAUUGUCUUUGGCGUGGCUAGAAAGCGGGGAAGGCAUGCACCAGUUUUCUGGAAUGGUCCAUUUCCAUGCUCCCAAACAGCUGCCACCUGUCACUCACCUGAUGUCUGCAGCCGCACUGCGACCAGCACCGCGGCUUCUGAGCAUGCGCAGAUCAUAAAAAAAGAUUCACCAUAAUUCUCUGAAUCAGGCCCUAGGGGCAGUAGUGUUUGUUGUACUGGCAUUUCCCCAUAGAGAUCAAAGAUGUGUAUGUGAGCUUUCUUCUCUCUAUUCACAUGUGAAUAAAGCUCACAAGACCUGUCUUUCUAA